CAGAUGGUAAAUAUAUUUCCCCAUUUCAUGACAUUCCACUGUUUGCUGGAUCUAAAGAGGAUAAAGAGAUUCCUGCAAAGAGGUCAAAAACUACUGGAAGUGAGGUCCUUUUUAAUAUGAUUGUGGAAGUGCCUCGUUGGACGAAUGCAAAAAUGGAGAUUGCCACUGAGGAGCCGUUGAAUCCCAUUAAACAAGAUAUAAAGAAAGGCAAGCUUCGAUACGUUGCAAAUAUCUUUCCUCACAAGGGUUAUAUUUGGAAUUAUGGUGCCCUCCCACAGACCUGGGAAGAUCCAAACCGUACAGAUAAGACAACAGGAUGUUGUGGGGAUAAUGAUCCUAUUGAUGUUUGUGAAAUUGGUUCAAAGAUUCGUUCUUCUGGUGAGAUUGUUCAGGUGAAGGUCUUGGGUGCUUUAGCUCUUGUCGAUGAAGGAGAGACAGAUUGGAAGAUAAUUGCUAUUAGUGUGGAUGACCCAGAAGCUCAGAAAAUCCAUGAUAUUGAUGAUGUCAAAAAGCACAAACCAGGUUACCUUGAGGCUACGGUUGACUGGUUCCGAUCGUAUAAAGUCCCUGAUGGAAAACCAGAAAAUCAGUUUGCUUUUAAUGGAGAAUUUAAAGACAAGGACUUUGCUGUUGAAAUUAUUAAAUCUACCCAUGAAUACUGGAAAGCUUUGCUUCAUAAAAAAACUGAUGGAGGUACUAUUAAGUGCACAAAUGUUCUGGUGAGUGGCAGCCCGUUUUGUUGCAGUGAGGAGGAUGCCCGAUCAAUUGUGCAGUCGGCACCAGUGCAUAUGAAUGGAGAUUCUGUCCCCCCAGAAGUUGAUUCCUGGCACUUUUAUCCCAAGUGAUCGUCAAAGUGUUGUGAAGCUGCAUCAUCAAAUCUCAGUCAUCCCUUUUUUGAAGACAGGCAAAAGCAUUUCUUGUUGGAUUCCUAUUGAGACAACUUUUCAACUUGUGUAAACCUUCUGUCAUGUAAAUAAACACUGACAUU